GACCGUCACCACCUGACCAUCACGGCAUUGCCAACGGGCAAGGAUGGCAGUUGGUUCUUGGUAUAGAAGCCGUGGACAAUGCGGUGUACUGCGGUGUCCAGAGACACGUAAAGCGUCAUGAGGACCUCCGGCGUGUGAAGAGUUGAUAUAAAACAAUUGCCGAUGUUCACUGGCAGAACACUCGAAGCAAAGCCGAACGUUCCGAGCUCAAGUCUUGCAAUCGAAGUCACUCAAGUGCAAAAUCUAUAUACUCAAUGUGUGGUUACACAAUUACCUUUUAUACCGGCUGUGGUCACAGCACAAUUCGCAAGAGACCUUGCUACUCACCACGCCCCGUUGAGUGUCAGAAUUGGGCAGACCAAACUCGGGUGCAGAGCAGAACAUCGCCUGAGAACUGUCCGCGUUGCCCUGCCCAAGGAAGCGUCCUCGAUCCUGAGAUGUGGCGCAGAGUCCCUGGUCAGUCAGAGGAUCUGCAUGUCAGAGUGGGCGGACUGGCAGACAGAUACCAGCCAACUCCACCACCUGUGCGUCCUUCAACACAUGGCUCAGGGUAUGGGUAUGGUUAUGGAUCGCAAUAUGGCCAUGUCGAGGACGAUCCGGUGAGAGAAGGUGGAGCCCCAAACCCGUCGCCUAGCGAAGUCAGACGCAACAUCUCACACUGGAGAAAUGCUGUGAACCCUGCAGGACCUUUCGAUACUCGUUCCAACACUAGUUCCAACACAGGAGGCAGUUCACUAUAUAGGCCGCAAGAACCAGCCACCACACAUUCGCGCUCGGCACCACGCCUCUCUAGCUCUGGUGUCGAAUUCCGUACAACAACACGACCCAGCCGAAGACGGGAGUAUUAAACAAGAACACCCGACGAUCAUGUUGUUCAUCUUCGCACAGAGUACGAAAAUAACAAUGGUCUCUUCCCCGAUGAGGCCGUUUCUCCUCAGUCAUCCAGAAGACGUUCUUCUCGCUCUCCACCACCCAGGUUGCCAUCUGUUGCGG